AACGUGAUGCAUCUUAAUGCGAUAAUUACGAGCGAAACCACGUGAACGGAGGAUGCUCUCAGAGUCAGCACCGGCAUCGCAUUACUCACGCCGGAUUGACGGAACGCAAUGACUAUAUUAAUCAAGAGCCUGUGAAUGAAGGUGACCCUCUAGUGAAACGAUCAUCUCCAUAGGGUGUGUAUGUUAGGUAAGCAAAGCCCCCACCAAUGAUUCUUGGCGGAGUAUACUGCUCGCUUAGGACCGUGUGCCGAAGAGUCCCCGGCCAAAAAUCCACUGCGAAUUCACAACCCCAAUCUACUGAUCGUGAACGACCGACUAACCGCAGCCCGACAACACCGCCCACGAGCAUCCAUUCCCAGCGACUCCAAUCUCGAAUCUCGCUCCAACCACCCAACAUGUCUCACGAAUCGGUCUGGUACUCGCGCCCGCGCACCUACGGCAAGGGCUCCCGCUCAUGCCGCGUCUGCACCCACCCUGCUGGUCUCAUCCGCAAGUACGGCCUCAACAUCUGCCGUCAGUGCUUCAGGGAGAAGAGCGCCGACAUCGGUUUCGUCAAGCACCGAUAAAUUUUCCACGAGUUCGACGGCCGGAGUGAAGCAAGGUGUGACGGUGUGCGCGAUGACCCUCUAACGACAAAAAAGGCGAACAUCGGCAAUCGGAGGGGGAUAGAUGAGAACGUCGGAAUAUGCAUUUUGCUCGGGCACUUACACUUGUUUUCCUUCGGGUUCGGGUAUCCUAUUUCAGCAAUUCAUGGAUGGGAAAGGUGUCGGUCUCGAUUCGAUAGGAAGAAAGAAAAUUCCAAUCAUGAAAUUCACUUACGCUGCUGUCCCACACUCUCGGAGUGUACGCUCGCCAACGUUCCAUUGAAUACACGCACAAUUCCACUCGGGUGUUUGGUGCUGAUGUGUUCUCUGGGUACUGAUCUC